GGAUUCCUAGUCACUCAGCCAGCAGCACCUCCUUUUUUGCCCUCGUCUCCAGUUCCCCGUGUUCACAGGUGAGCUCACCAACAGUCACUGCUCAGGAUGGAGGCCAUCAAGAAAAAAAUGCAGAUGCUGAAGCUGGACAAGGAGAAUGCUCUGGAUCGGGCAGAGCAAGCUGAAGCUGAGCAAAAGCAGGCAGAAGAAAGAAGCAAACAGCUGGAAGAUGAGCUGGCAGCUAUGCAGAAAAAGCUGAAAGGGACUGAAGAUGAGCUGGACAAGUAUUCUGAAGCCUUGAAGGAUGCCCAGGAGAAGCUGGAGCUGGCAGAGAAGAAGGCAGCUGAUGCUGAGGCUGAGGUGGCCUCCUUGAACCGUAGGAUCCAGCUGGUUGAAGAGGAGCUGGACCGUGCUCAGGAGCGCCUGGCCACUGCCCUGCAAAAGCUGGAGGAAGCUGAGAAAGCUGCUGAUGAAAGUGAGAGGGGUAUGAAGGUUAUUGAAAACCGAGCAUUAAAAGAUGAAGAAAAGAUGGAACUCCAGGAAAUCCAACUCAAAGAAGCUAAGCACAUUGCAGAAGAGGCAGACAGGAAGUAUGAAGAGGUGGCUCGUAAGUUGGUGAUUAUUGAGGGAGAUUUGGAACGCACAGAGGAACGAGCUGAGCUGGCAGAGUCUAAGUGUUCUGAGCUGGAGGAGGAGCUGAAGAAUGUCACCAACAACCUCAAGUCUCUUGAGGCUCAGGCGGAGAAGUACUCUCAAAAAGAAGACAAAUAUGAGGAGGAGAUAAAGAUCCUUACUGAUAAACUCAAGGAGGCAGAGACCCGUGCUGAGUUUGCUGAGAGAUCGGUAGCCAAGCUGGAAAAGACAAUUGAUGACUUGGAAGAUAAACUGAAGUGCACGAAAGAGGAACACCUCUGUACACAAAGGAUGCUGGACCAGACUCUGCUUGACCUGAAUGAGAUGUAGAGCACCCUAGUCCUGCCCUGUCGACGUUCCUCCCUCUGACCCCGACUCCGCCUGAGGCCAGCCUGCCAGAAGCUGACCUUUAAACUGAGGGCUGAUCUUUAACUGGAAGGCUGCUUUCUCCUUUCGCUUCCCCCCACCCUCCACUCUACAUCCCUACCCCCGCCUAAUGUGUUUUUUGCCAAAGUCUCUGCCUCUCCCAGCUAUUCUGGUUGGGUUAAAGGCUGAGCACCUUUGGGAACAACAUUUAAGGGAAUGUGAGCACAAUGCAAAGUGUCUUUAAAAGCAUGUUGUGAUGUGCACAUUUUGUAAUUACCUUUUUUGUUGUUGUAGCAACCAUUUGUAAGACAUUCCAAAUAGUUACACAGUUCUCAAGCAGCAGUUUAAUCCCUUUCUCACUUUUAGAAGGUAAUUUUUCAACUUCAUCCAUAUUGCCUUCUCCAUAGAGGAGGGAAAGAGGGAAGGGCCUGCCUUUAUUGAGAGCCAAACAGAGCCCAGAGAAAGACUCCACUAUGCGGGGGUCAUUGCUUUGUGCAGAGUACCAGCCAAACCGGAAAGAUGAUUCCAGGAGGAGUUAGCCAAAAAAAAAAGUUCAGGUUUCAGCUUUAAGGUAUUUUGGGGCACUUUUUUUUUUUUUAAAUCAGAAGUGACCAAAUUAAAAUGGUGACACCUCUCUGAAACCAAAUCCUUGUCCUAUCUCUACCCCCUUCUCAGUGGUUCACAAAAUGGAUCAUGUUAAAGUGACCAGUUAUUUGCCUCCUUAAAGAAAUAAAAUUAUGUUUUUGCCAAUGAUUUAGCCAUAAUGAAAUCAUCUCAUCACCCUCUUCUGGGUCUGAAGCUGCUGUGUCUAAAAGUGCCAUCUCAUUGUGCUUCGCAUCAGUUAGUGCUGGAGAAAUCUUGAAUAGUUUAUGUACAAAACUUUUAAAAUUUUAUAUUAUUUUGAAACUUUGCUUCUUUGGGGUUGCGGUGCACUGGCCACCUCAUCUGGCUGUGAAAGUUCUGGGCCGGCAGUGUGCUGAUCUUUUAAGUUUCUUUCCUUGCCCAGUACCCCCUUAUUGGUGAGGUUUCUGUGAGGUCUGUUAGUUUCACAUCCGGCAGCUUCCUGGCUUAAAAUGUCCUCUCCUUUGGUAUGGCCUCUUUGGGGGCUGAUUGAGAGAAAGAAAAACCAAUAGUGCAACUAUUUUGAUACUGAAAAUUGACAAAUGUCUUUUUAAAUAAAGAACCAGUCCCUCUAA